AUUUAAAUAUAAUACAAUUUAUUUUCUACCAAUUAUUUAAAAUUAGAAUAUCUUUUCAGUAAAUCUUUUAAAACUUUACAACAUUAAUUAAAAAUUAUAAUUUAAGUUAAAAAAAAAAGAAACAUAAUAAAAAAAAUGCCAAGAUGUCCAUGAAAGUUAAAAAUGCAUCUAGUAAAACUAAAAAAAAAGUAUUAACUACAACUAAAGGUCCUGCUGAGAAAAAUCCCAAGUUCGUCAAGAAAGCCCCAUUUAUACCACCACCUGGAAAAACAAGCCCAUCAAAAUCAUUGGCAUGGGAGAGUAGUUCACACCGUUUAGAAAUUGUUCCACCCCUUUCAAAAAACAAAUCACACACAAUGGUAAUCAACGAUUUAUCUCAUUCUGAGGAUGAAAUUGAAUCAAAACACCAAUAUGAUAUGAGAAUUAAUCGAUUGCUUGCGGAUGUAUCUUUUGAUGAAAUAAAAACCGGAGAACAGUUGAAUGCAUCGAGGAGAUUAAUAGAAGACCAGGAAGAAGAAAUUAAAGCUUACAAAAAAGAUUUAAAUUUAACCACUCAUGAUUUUGCAAAAGCUCGACGAUCUCUUGAACUCCUCAGCAAAGAAGUUGAGUUAUCAAAAAAUGAAGCAGAUUUGUUAAAUGAGGAAAAGAAAGCGUUACUAAAAAAACUUAGACAAGUUGAAAAUGAAGGUCAGGAGGCAGCUUUAGAAGCUUUAAAAUGGAGAGAUGCUUGCAAGAAACUAAAAAAAGAUCAAAAAAACUCAUCAACAGAUUAUUAUGGAAUAUCUCAACAGCGAAACGCACUUUUAGAGAAAUUAGCAGAACUUGAAGAAAGUAAUCAAUCACUUAGGAGUCUUUUGAAGCAAGCUCAAAGAAGAAUGGAUGAUGAUCAAAAAAAUAUUGACAAGUGUGAAAUUCUUAUGAGGAAACUUGUUGAAGCUGAAGCAAAAAUUCAGGAACAGUCAGCUCAACUUUCUGAACAAGAUCAACAAAUUGAUUCUUUGUUAUCACAAAUUAAAGCUGAUAAACACCACGCUUUAGCAUUCAGUGACUUGCAAAAAACCAUGGAAACAACCAGAUCUCAUCUACAAAAUUCUCUUCGUACCAAAGAAUCUGAAGUAAGUAAUCUCACUGCUCAAUUUAAAAACCUUGAAGAUCGAUAUAACCAAAGUUUGUUAGAGUUGGAGCAUUAUCAAGGACUGCUUGCAGCCACUAGGGAUAAAGCUCUAAAGGAUAAAGAAAAUUUUAAAAAAGCUGCACACUCACAGCGUGAACGAGCAUACAAAAAUGAAGAGGAAAAUAAACAGUUGCAUGAAGAUAUAUCUAAUGCUGUUUCAGAGCUUGAGUCUGCAAAAGUUACAUUAGAACAACUAACAAAGAUAAACUGUGAAUUGAAAAACGAGAGAAACAAUCUUUAUGAUGAAGUUCAAUCCUUCAAGAAGAGCAUAUUAGAUUUAGGUAAUAUAAUGGAAUUAUCAUCAAAGUCCAUUCACUCUGGUCCUACUUAUGUGCUUAAAAAGUUACAUUCAAAAAUGACCAAGAUGAAGUCGAUAAAAGCUGAAAAUGAAAAGUUGAAAGUUGUUUUGAAAGAUCUGGAAGCGCGAGUUAAAGCAUCAGAAAAAUCUGACAGCAAAAAGCUUUAUCUUGCUGAAUCAGAGCUAAAGCAAUUGCAAGAUGCAGUAAAUCAGUAUGAAAUACUAGCAAACGAGUACAAGUCACAGUUAGAAAAUUCAAAUGUUGAAAUUGGUAUUCUCAAUAGGAAAAUUGAAUCAAUGGAAAGAGAACAUAAGCAGAAACUGCAUGAAACAAUGAAUGACAUUAAUGAAAUGCAAAAUGUUCUUCAUAAUAAAACUCUUGAAAUGGCAUCAUACCCUGAACUGCUUAAGGCCAGUGAAAUUCGUUAUCAAAAUGCACAAGAAAGAGCAUUAUCAGCAGAGAAUAAAAUAACAGAACACACAAGAUUGAUUACUGAACUCACAUUUAAGAUUGAAUCGCACACAGAACAGCUUGAGAGGCUUCGAAACAAAUACAACAGCAAGCAUGACCAAUGCAAAGUGAUGUCAGAAGAGUUACACAUCUUUAAAAGAAAGAUGCAAGACAAUGAAGUAUCACAUCGUGAGCUACUAAUGUCAAUUAGUCGCAAAGAUGAAUCAAUAAGAAGCUUACAGGAAUCUUUGGAAGAACAAAAAAUAAAUAAUGAAAGAAUUAUUCAGCAGUUAGAAGUUGCACUUAGUGACAGCAAAAGACAGCUAGAAAUUCAGAAAGAAAAAACAUUAGCUAAGGAACGAUCUGCUCAGGCACGCAUUAUGGAUCUUGAAGCUCAGUUGAUGAGGUCUUCUCAAAACACCGAGUUACUAAAAAGAACUAAAGAAGAGGCUGAACGUAAAUUUAACAGUCGUUUGCAAGAUAUGCGAGAUCGUUUAGAACAAGCGAAUAGUACAACUAAAAGUAUGCAAACAUAUGUUCAAUUUCUAAAAUCAACAUAUGCCAACGUUUUUUCAGAUGAUAUUCCCUCCGAUUUUAACGAAAUAUAAAGCUUAUAUAUUGUGUGUUUAUAUAUAUAUAUAUAUAUAUAUAUAUAUAUAUAUAUAUAUAUAUAUAUAUAUAUAUAUAUAUAUAUAUAUAUAUAUAUAUAUAUAUAUAUAUAUAUAUAUAUAUGUGUGUGUGUGUGUGUUAUGUGAGUAUUUCGGCGUAUUUAUGUCUGUGUGUGCGAGUGUAUAGGUAAGUAUAUCUAUGUGUGUAAGUGCGUAUAUGUAUGUAGGUGUUUAAUUUUAGGUUAUGUCUUUGUUAUUUUAUUUUAAUUAUUGAAAUUAAUU